GCCAAAAAUGAGUAUUUCUUCUAAACUGCUGUUUAACUUAAUUUUUUUAUUUUAUUUCACUUGGAUUUAUGCAACCUUAAAAUACGAUGAUGAAUUUCUUUCAAAUAAAUUAGAAGAGGAUAAUUUUUGGGAUAACUUGCUGAAUAAUAAACCAGAAAAUAAAGAUUUCAAUAAAUAUUAUAACCCUGCUGAACAACUACAAAGCUUGGAUGACCCAUGGCCCAAAGGGUUUUUCAAUAAAAAUAUAACAAUUUGUGCUGAUGUAAAAUCCCCAAAUAUAGUCUACAAAAUAGAUGGAGGGGAUAUUACAAAAUGUAAGAAAGGUCAAAAAGCAGUUGCUGUUGGAAAUUAUAGAAAUGGGCAAAACGAGACUGGUUGGGGAAUUUUGGAAAUUGAAACAUUUGCCGAUUUUUCUGAAGAAAUUCAGUCAUAUGCUGCUGGACUUGCAGAAGGUCUUUUAACAAAAAACCAAAUUUAUCUUCAUUAUUUAAAUACUGCUAGCCAAAUAUGUAAUAAUGCAACUGCAGGAUAUUGUGAUCAAUUACAUAAUUAUAUUAAAACUAAUCUUAAAUGGAUAAGAUCGAAAGUUAAUUCAUUAGCUAAAAAUGAUAUUUAUUGGCGUCAUGUUGAGUUGACAUUUACACAAUUAACUGGAAUUAAUGAUGGUUAUGAAGAUAUUAAUCUUUAUGGUGAUUAUUAUCCACGUGUUGAAUUUAAAAAUAAUUCAAUUCUUUUAAUUCAAAUGUCUGGUGAUUUUUUUGAUUUGGAACACGUUUUUAAAAAGAAUCCAAAUUUGGAAAGUGAACCAAGUCAUUGUUCUGGAUUUAUUAAAAUAACUGAAGGAAAUGAAGAUUUAUUAAUGUCUCAUGUAUCAAUGGCUGGAUAUAAUACAAUGAAUAGAAUAUUAAAACUUUACAAAUUUGCUUUUGCUGCUUUAUCUUCUGCCGAUGAUUAUACUUUAACUAGUGCUGGAUUGCUUUCAAUUGAAACAACAAUUGCUGUUUUUAAUGAACCUUUAUAUGAGAAAGUAAAAGAAAACAAACAUUUACAUUGUUGGUUACGUUCAUAUCUUGCUAAUCGCUUAUCUAAAACUGCUCGGGAUUGGGUACAAUUGUUUGGACGCUAUAAUUCUGGCACGUAUAACAAUCAAUGGACUGUUCUUGACUAUAAAUUAUUUAAACCAAAACAAGAAUUGCCCCAAACAGAUUUAAUUUGGAUUUUAGAACAAAUUCCAGGCCUUGUAGUUAGUAGAGACGUUACUUGGUUUAUUAAAAGUUAUGGUUAUUGGCCUUCUUAUAAUAUUCCUUUUUUAUCUAAAAUAUCUGAAUUGAGUGGAUUUAGUGCUAAAGGGCAGAUAAAUAAUUGGUGGAGAUGGGGAUUUACACCUAGAGCUAAAAUAUUUCAUAGAGAUCAUAAGAAAGUUAAAGAUUUGAAAACAUUGAGAGAAUUAAUGCGUUAUAACAACUACCAACAUGAUGAAUAUUCCCGUUGCAAAUGUACACCACCAUAUUCAGCUGAAGCAAGUAUUUCAACAAGAGGAGAUCUCAAUAGACCUGAUGGAAAAUGGGAAGUGCCAGGAAUGGGUUUUAGAAAUCACGGUUCUAUUGACUAUAAAGGAACUAAUUUUGAAUUAUUUAAACAAUUACGUUUUGAGGUAGUUGGAGGGCCGACAUAUGGAGGACCUGGGAAUUUACCUUAUUUUAGUUGGGAUACUACAAAAAUAAAUACAACACAUUUUGGGCAACCAAUAAAUUGGAAUUUUACUGAAUUUGCUACUCAAUGGACGACAAAAAUUCCUAAAAAUAUUAUUUAA